GCGCUCCCACUGGGCGGAAAAUGACUCUUUCCUAAUGUGAAUUGGCAUCAUUGUAUUAUGUUCGUCUACGGUUAAGUAGUGUUUACUUUCAAAUUUGUUUAAAAAAUUUGUUUAAAAAAUUUGAUAGCUGCUCCUCAACAUUUUGUCUGUUCCCGAAACCUAGCCGUCAGUCACCCGUGCUAUUUUACUUUAUUUGGUUAUUUACUUCGCCUUCCGAAUGGAGCUCCAAAAACGAAAUUUAAAACAUGACCUAGGCAACUCUGAAUCGGCUUUUUUCGAUGAUUUACCUUUGAUGAUAGUUACUUCCUCUCCGAUUGAGAGAAAUAGAGGUAAUAAAACAAGCUCAAAACAUGUAAAAAACCCACCUUGUGAAGAUAAUCAUACAUGGUCUAAAUUAUUUGCAACAUAUCAAACUACAUCUGUGAAAGAUAAGCAGAUGGACAAAAAUUGUCAUUUAUCCUUGGAGGAAUCUACCACAACGGAAAAUACAUCUUCUUCAUCCUAUCAAACCAUUGCAGAGCAGAAAACUAAAAUUCUUUUAACUCCUGGAAAAAGGUUUCAAGUUGUUUCAAGCAGUUCUAGGAAAAUACAUCUCAGAAACCAAACACCCAAAAAAUCCAGUUCGGCAGCCAGUCAUCAGUACUGUCACAAUUGGGAAAGUGAAGAAGAGGAGGAGGAGGAAAGCAUUCAAACUAUUAAAAAUAGACUGAAGAAUGUCGAAAAUUUGUCAGCCAAAGACAUAGAAAGAUAUGAACGAAUUUUACUAAAAUUGGUGGAAUCAAACAAUAUGAGAAAAGAUGUUGAAGUUAACAAUUUUUCAGUGGAAAAUUCAAAUUUGAUGCAUUUUAUCAAAAAAAAUAUUGGCCAAUGCAAUUUGUCCCCUAGAACAAUUCGAAUGCUGGGAAAACAUAGCCAAGAGCAGGAAAAACGGUUGAUUGGUUUAGCAGUCGCUAAGAGAAAAUCCGCAACUGAAAUCCAAAAAAGGAUUAACAGACAGUUUUUGGAAACAAAACAACAGAUUAAAAACCGAGAGGAGCUUGAAAUGAAAUUAGUUAAAGCUGCUGGUCUGCGUCAAAAAGCCACCACCACUUCGACAUUAUUCAAUCAAGCACACAUUGCCCAUCACCGGCAGUUCGUUACCGAAAGUCGUCAAAAGGACAACCUUUUGCGAUUUCAGAAGCAAAUCCAAAGCGAAGCUAUAAAAAAUAAUACCCAGACCAACAAGAUUGUUAAGGGACUUUGGAAAACGUUUUUACAUGAACAAUAUAAUGAGCUGCGUAAGGAGGUAAGAGAACGGCAUCUCCAAAAUGCUGCGAUCCUUAAAGAAUCGGAAACAAAUCUUCAUCGUCUAAAAAACAACUAUGAGGAGAAAUUAAAGGAAUUAAAAGAUGUAGUUGCAGCUACAGCUGCCGAAGCUGGGAUAGAGAAAAAAGAAGUGAGCCGAGAAAUUGAACGUCUUCAACGAAAAAUUCGACACCAGUUUGAAACGGAGUUUGAAACGUUGUUGGGUAAUAUUGAGACAAAAGGGAACCACAAACGAUUCAUCAGGCAAGGGCUUAUAUUGAAUUAUUUUUUUAUGCAAGAGUAUCUUAUAAUUGCACUUGUUUACAUAGGGAUGAAAAGGCAUCUAAACUUAAAAAACAGCUUCAGAAGGGAGAUUAUGUGUUUGAAGUGUAACACUCACUUGACUGAAAAACGUAAACGAAAUUAUACGUUCUUUAGAAAGCGUCUCAGUGCUAUACAAAUGAUCUAGUAAGCAUCCUUUUUAUGUUACCAUACAUUUACCAUCUACCUACAUAUUAAUACCUCAGACAGCCUAAUUUAGGCGUCGGGCACCUUCACAAGGCUUGCAUAUAUAUGAAAUGGGAAAUAUAUUGUGAAGUUCGCAAUGACUCCGAAUAGAUUCCAUCGCGCUUAAUGACAUCUCAGUCUCAGCCUUGAAAAAACAAAUAAUAAUAACAUAAAUAAAUAAAAUGUAAAAAUUG